AUGGGUAUUUUCACGAAAAAAGUUUCCGAAAAUAGGAAGGACGGUGCGAAGUGCGAUACCAUCAAGCGCUAUACCGUCAUUAAAGAGCCCCCCAGGCAGUAUGGCAAAUGUACAAGGCCAGAGCCCUUGCAAGGCAAUGAGCUAGCUUGCCUUCAACAAGUUAUCGCCCAUUUUGAAGGACAAAAUUUGGCAAGUAUUUCUGCAUACGGAGAUCAGCAGGCCUCCAGCGAAACCACGAAAUCAAUUGACUGGCGUCCUUUGUCACUUAGGGAGAAACUUUGGCUCUCCCGUGAGAGACUGCUGAAAUUUCUCCGAUCUGUGAACUGGGACGUGACUCUGGCAAUCAAACGUCUAGAAAACACUCUUCAGUGGAGACGAGAAUUUAACUUGAGCGCUGUAGACGAUGAGACCAGUAGCCUUUCCAGCCUCUCACAAAUCGUGGCUACCGAAAACGAGACAGGGAAAAUGUACUUGUUAGGGUACGACCGUCAAAGACGGCCCUUGCUUCAUAUCAAGCCUGGGCGCCAAAACACUGCAAUGAGUUUUGCCCAAAUACAACUUCUUGUAUACAUGAUAGAAUGCGCAGACAUUCUAAUGGCCCAAGGGGUGGAAACGUUGACUUUACUGGUUGAUUUCAAGAAUUACAAUGAGCUGACACCUCCACUGGCACGUCUACCGCCUUUGUCAGUUAGCAAGCAAGUGCUCUACAUCAUUCAGCAACAUUAUCCAGAGACUUUGGGACGUGCUGUACUCAGUAGCAUCCCUUUUUACAGCUGGAAUUUUCUCAAGCUCUUCCAUCCAUUCUUGGAGCCCCAAACUAGAUCUAAACUCAUCUUCGAGGAGCCUUUCGAAAACUAUGUGGACAACUCGCAACUCGAAAUCCUGCACAAUGGACAGCUCGAUUUCAGUUAUGACAAUGACAUCUAUCUUUCUGAUCUUAGUCAUCAGAUCUCGGAGCGCGAAAGGAACAGGUUCAACAAGUUUUUGGAUUUAGGCGCGCGAAUUGGUCUUAGCGAAUUUGACCUUAAAGAUGGUCAUUAUGUGGUUGACUAA